CAAUGUUUGACUUGUUAGUCGCGAAAAACUGCUUUCUGUGACUGCUUUGUGUUUACUUUUACAUGUAAUUUUCUGUUAUGUUUCUGUUGUUUGGUGCAACGAGAAAUAAGUCCUAUUAAAUGAAGAGAAACAAACUAAAAAAGAAGAAAGAUGAAUCGUCUCCAGCUAAAAUCCAAUUAAAAUUAAAACGCCAAACAGAUUCUUCCAAUACCGACAAUGAAAAUGCGACAGACGAUACGAAAAAUUUGUUGAAGAAAAGAAAAAGACAUCGCUCACCAUCCAGUUCGUCUUCUUCCUCUUCAUCAUCUUCCAGUUCCGAUAGUUUGAGUAGUAGUUCUAGUAGCGAAUCGUCUUCGGAAAAUGAAAGGUUUUCCAAUAAGGGCAGCAAGACGAAAAUGAAGAAAAAACGAAAAAAAUCAACGUCUUCUUCGACUUCUAGUUCUAGCGAUUCUUCAAGAGAAGAUAGAGUGAAGAAAAAGAAGGUUCUUAAAAAGAAGAGACGUCGAAAAGAUUCAACAUCGUCAUCAUCCAGUACGAGCACUAGCAGUUCGUCUAGCGAUGAAAAACGGAAAAAAUCUCGAAAAAAAACACCCAAAAAUAAAACGAAAGGAAAAGAAACGGAUAACGAACCAACUAUGGACAUUCCUCUUAGUCUGAUGGAUAACCAAAGUAAAUCAAUGGUUCCGAUGAGCAAAGAAGAGUGGGACAAGAAGCAAUCGACGGUCAGACGGGUGUACGACGAGUCUACUGGUCGACACAGAUUAAUUAAGGGCGAUGGUGAGGUAUUGGAAGAAAUCGUCAGUAAAGAUAGGCAUAAGCAAAUUAACAAGUCUGCUACCAAGGGAGACGGAGAGUAUUUUCAAAAUAAAUUAUCACAAAAAGUUAAAAAAUAAUUUUAUACAUCAACUAUUUUUCAUGUUGUGCUAGUUUGGUUUUUAAUUCUUAAGGAUAUUCACAUUAAAGUAUUUGCAGAAUUUACAGAU